GUGUCCUCUGUCCAGGCUGUCAUGGCCUCCACGGCCGGGUUCAUCAUCUCCAGCUCCUGCCAGAACAACGUCAUCGAGGACAGGCACUGGCUGGCGUGGGCGUACCCGCCGCUGGCGGUGCCGUACUUCGUGUACGACGUGUACGCCAUGUACCUGUGCCACCUGUGCCGCGCCCAGGUCAAAGGCCACGCCCCCGGCGCCCCGGCCCCGCCCCGCGCCGCCGCCGCCUUCCUGCGCCAGGAGCUGCUCAUGGUGCUGCACCACCUGGCCAUGGUGCUGGUCUGCUUCCCUGUGGCCACCCUGUGGCGCCAGGGCAAGGGCGAUUUCUUCCUGGGCUGCCUCCUGAUGGCCGAGCUGAGCACCCCCUUCGUGUGCCUGGGCAAGGUCCUCAUCCUGUUCCGCCGGCAGCACACGGCUCUGCACAAGCUCAACGCGGUGGCCCUGCUGCUGACCUUCCUGGCCUGCCGGGUUCUUCUCUUCCCGUACCUGUACUGGCGCUACGGGCGCCACCGGGGCCUGGCCCUGCUGCGCGUGCCCUCGGCCCUGCCCCCGGCCUACAACGCCGCCGCCGCCGCCCUGGCCGCGCCCCAGCUCUACUGGUUCGGCCUCAUCUGCCGCGGGACCUGGCGCCUCUUCCGGCCGGCGGGGACGCAGCCGCGGCCGCCCUGA